AUGGCCACUCUCCACAAGGCCACGCCCAUUGAGACCACUCCCAGCAUGGCCACUCCCAAUGAGGCCACUCCCAUCAUGGCCACUCCCAUCGAGGCCACUCCCAAUGAGGCCACUCCCAAUGAGGCCACUCCCAUCAUGGCCACUCCCAUCAUGGCCACUCCCAUCAUGGCCACUCCCAAUGAGGCCACUCCCAUCAUGGCCACUCCCAAUGAGGCCACUCCCAUCAUGGCCACUCCCAAUGAGGCCACUCCCAAUGAGGCCACUCCCAUCAUGGCCACUCCCAUCAUGGCCACUCCCAGCACGGCCACUCCCAUCAUGGCCACUCCCAUCAUGGCCACUCCCAAUGAGGCCACUCCCAGCACAGCCACUCCCAAUGAGGCCACUCCCAUCAUGGCCACUCCCAUCGAGGCCACUCCCAAUGAGGCCACUCCCAUCAUGGCCACUCCCAUCGAGGCCACUCCCAAUGAGGCCACUCCCAAUGAGGCCACUCCCAUCAUGGCCACUCCCAUCGAGGCCACUCCCAAUGAGGCCACUCCCAAUGAGGCCACUCCCAUCAUGGCCACUCCCAGCACGGCCACUCCCAUCAUGGCCACUCCCAGCACGGCCACUCCCAAUGAGGCCACUCCCAGCACGGCCACUCCCAUCAUGGCCACUCCCAUCAUGGCCACUCCCAAUGAGGCCACUCCCAGCACAGCCACUCCCAAUUAG